AUGCGGGAGGCUGAGGGAAAACGGGAGCAUUAAGACCCAGUGGGAGGGGAGGGCUGCGGCAACGGGCCCGCCGACCGGCCGGCCCAGCAGUGGGCGCCGGAGGCUGGCAGCCGUCUGGAACCUUGGUCGCCUUCGAAACAGCAUCCUGUCUAGUGACAAAAAUGGCCAGUCAGUCCCAGGGUAUCCAGCAGCUCCUGCAAGCGGAGAAGCGGGCCGCGGAGAAGGUGGCCGAUGCCAGGAAGAGGAAGGCCCGGAGACUGAAGCAGGCAAAGGAGGAGGCUCAAAUGGAGGUGGAGCAGUACCGCAGGGAGCGUGAGCAGGAGUUUCACAGCAAGCAGCAGGCGGCCAUGGGCUCUCAGGGGAACCUGUCUGCUGAAGUGGAGCAGGCCACCAGACGUCAGGUCCAGGGCAUGCAGAGCUCCCAGCAGAGAAACCGGGAGCGUGUCCUGGCUCAGCUUCUUGGCAUGGUCUGUGACGUCAGGCCCCAGGUCCACCCCAACUAUCGGGUCACCGUCUAGGACCACUUCUUAGAGACAUGUCCUAGAGGCUGACUCCUCUGCCAACUCCUAUCCUAACCCAAAUCGCUUGGGUAGCAUGCACAGGGCACUGCUUCAAUCCCUAGGGCUGCCCCUCCCCGCAUCACUUCACAUAAAAACCUUUUCCAGGGUUGGGGAGAUGGUUCAGAGGUUAAGAGCACUGAUGGUUCUUCCAGAGGUCUUGAGUUCAAUUCCCAGCAACCACAUGGUGGCUCACACCAUCUGUAAUGAGAUCCGGUGCCCUCUUCUGUUGGAUACAUGCAGACAGAACACUGUACAUAAUAAAUAAAUCUUUAAAAAAUAACCUUUCCCUAGGAGAGAGACUUCUAGGUGACAGGACCCAACAUUCCCUAUGAGACUUACAAGCAGCCCAUUCAAACCUGAAUCUGUGUCCCAUGACACCCACUGGAAAUAUACUAACGAAUGCUGAAGUCGUCCCCAUCUGCUCCUUCUGAGAAACGUGUCAUGGUAAUGCGGGUAUGGAAAGCACCCUGACUCAGGGCUGGCAGAUUUGGGUUCCCCUCCCUCCCCUCCUUCUUGCUGGCUGUGAGACAGGGGCCUGGACAAGCUAUUUAACCUGGAAGCCCUAAUGUCCUCCUGUUUGUAACUGGAAUGAUGGUAAUAAUGCUAGCCUCUUACGGUAACUGCUGUGAAUCGUCCUGUAAGAACUCAGCAUAGUUCCAGACAGGUAGUAGUUGUGAUUCCAUAAAUGGCAAGCCCAUAUUAUAACCCCACCACCACCACCACCACCACCUGCCUGCCAGAGAAUCCUAAUCUGUCCCUGGCACUUUAUAACGCUCAGUCGUUGUGACUCUAGUAAUUCGCUAAAGAAUUUGUUUUUCCCCUUCUCCAAAGGCCCAUCAUGACCCCUGAAAAGUCGAAAUGAUAAUGUCAUUUAGUCCCUCUUUCCAAGUCGCAGGUGAAUGCUAACCCUCCUAGCAUCUGUGUUUCUUGUGAGUGGGUCUUUCCCUUUGGCUGUCCCUCUUUUCUGAUUUCCCAGAGCUUACUGCUUCCCAGAGUGAUGCUGCAUCAACCACAUUCAAGGAUUCCUUUCUGUGCCCUCAAUACCUCGCUUCCCUGUGUAACAGCAGUGUCAAUAAAAUAUCAGUGGACAAGUCAA